UUCCUCCGCCCCCAUUUUCCGGCCGCGCCUUCCCGGGACGCGGACACGCACGCCUACCGUGCUCGCUUGGUUUCUUCUUCCGUUCUGCCUCUGCCGGCCGGCGGGGCCGCGGCCGGAGCACGAGGAGCCAAAGCGACCAAGCAAGCUAAGCAAACCCCGCGCCCGGCCAAAUCAAUGGCGCCGUCGCCCCGCGCCUCCAGCUUCUUCUCCGGCGUGCUCCUCCUCUUCUUGCUGUCGGUGGCGCUCGCGCCGGUCCCCGCGGCCGCCACCGGCGUCUUCCGGGUGCGCCGCAAGUUCCCGCGCCACGCAGGCGGCGCAGGGGAGGAGGCGGAGGAGCACCUCGCGGCGCUGCGGCGCCACGACGGCCGCCGCCACGGCCGGCUCCUCGGCGCCGUCGACCUGCCCCUCGGCGGCGUCGGCCUCCCCACCGAGACCGGCCUGUACUUCACGCGGAUUGAGAUCGGAGCGCCGCCCAAAGGCUACUACGUGCAGGUGGACACCGGCAGCGACAUCCUCUGGGUCAACUGCAUCCGCUGCGACGGCUGCCCCACCAGGAGCGGCCUCGGGAUAGAGCUGACGCAAUACGACCCGGCGGGGAGCGGGAGCACGGUGGGGUGCAACCAGGAGUUCUGCGUCGCCAACAACGACGGCGUGCGGCCCACGUGCUCGUCGGAGUCGCCGUGCCAGUUCAGGAUCACCUACGGGGACGGGAGCUCCACCACCGGGUUUUUCGUCAACGACCUCCUGCAGUACGACAAGGUGUCCGGCGACGGCCAGACCACACCGUCCAAUGCCAGCAUCACAUUUGGGUGCGGUGCUCAGCUGGGUGGUGAUUUGGGGUCCUCGAGCCAGGCCCUUGAUGGGAUUCUCGGGUUUGGCCAGUCGAAUUCGUCGAUGCUAUCGCAGCUGGCUGCUGCUGGAAAAGUGCAGAAGAUCUUUGCCCAUUGCUUGGACACUGUGCAUGGCGGUGGGAUCUUCGCAAUUGGGAAUGUGGUACAGCCCAAAGUGAAGACGACGCCGUUGGUGCCGGGCAUGCCACACUACAAUGUCAACCUGAAAGGAAUUGCUGUUGGUGGUGCUACACUUCAGCUUCCAACAAAUACUUUCGAUUCAGGUAGAAAUAAAGGCACUAUCAUUGACAGCGGGACAACAUUGGCGUACCUCCCGGAGGCAGUUUAUAAGACACUGAUGUCUGCGGUUUUCGACAAGUACCAAGAUAUGACCAUCCGUACUUAUCAAGACUUCCUCUGUUUUAAGUUUUCUGGAAGUGUGGAUGAUGGAUUUCCCAUAAUCACCUUUAGUUUUGAGGAAGACCUUACAUUGAAUGUUUACCCACAUGAUUACCUUUUCCAAAAUGGGAAUGAUUUCUACUGUGUAGGGUUCCUGAACGGUGGAUUACAAACCAAGGAUGGGAAAGAUAUGGUUCUCUUGGGAGACCUGGUCCUCUCAAAUAAACUAGUGGUUUAUGACUUGGAAAAUCAAGUUAUUGGAUGGACAGACUACAACUGUUCCUCGAGCAUAAAAAUUAAGGAUGACAUGACUGGCUUUACGUACACUGUUGACGCACAUAAUCUCUCUUCUGGAUGGAGAUUCCAAUGGCACAAUUCCUUGGUUCUGUUGUUAGUAACAACAAUCUGGUCCUAUUUAAUGUUCUGACAUGACCUUAAACUCUCGGAUGUAGAACAUGGAAGCUGUAUUCUGUAACAAACAUUGUUUGAGUUUUGUUCCUUAGAAAGAAAAGGGAAGAGAGGUUUAGACUUGUACUUCGUUAGGGGAAUGAUUUGAUUUAGUUACAGAAGUUCACAAAAAUGUAAAGUAUAGUAAAACAAUUGGGAAACUCGAUAUGAGUGUUGUCAGGUUAAAGUUUGGUUCUCUUGUGUUUGUGUAAUGCAAUUAGCAACCGAUAUGAUACAAUCAAAGAAAAAAGCUUGGGGCGUUAUUGUGCAA